GGCUGCGCAGACUAGCACGCGGGUGCUCCUGGGACGCCAGCAUGGCGGCGUUCGCAGAUUUGGAUCUAAGAGCGGGCUCGGACCUGAAGGCUCUGCGCGGACUGGUGGAAACCGCUGCUCACCUUGGAUAUUCAGUUGUUGCCAUCAAUCAUAUUGUUGACUUUAAGGAAAAGAAACAGGAAAUUGAAAAGCCAGUAUCAGUUUCUGAACUCUUCACAACUUUACCGAUUGUACAGGGAAAAUCAAGACCGAUUAAAAUUUUAACUAGAUUGACAAUUAUAGUUACAGAUCCGUCUCACUGUAAUGUUUUGAGAGCAACUUCUUCAAGGGUCCGGCUGUAUGAUAUUGUUGCAGUGUUUCCAAAGACAGAAAAACUUUUUCAUGUUGCUUGCACACAUUUAGAUGUGGAUUUAGUCUGUAUAACUGUAACAGAGAAAUUACCAUUUUACUUCAAAAGACCCCCUAUUAAUGUGGCAAUUGGCCGAGGUCUGGGCUUUGAACUUGUCUAUGGCCCUGCUAUCAGAGACGCCACAAUGAGAAGGUACACAAUUUCCAAUGCCCUCAAUUUGAUGCAGAUCUGCAGAGGAAAGAAUGUGAUUCUCUCCAGUGCUGCAGAGAGGCCUUUGGAAAUCCGAGGACCGUAUGAUGUGGCAAACUUGGGGCUACUGUUUGGGCUGUCUGAAAAUGAAGCCAAGGCUGCCGUGUCCACAAAUUGCCGGGCUGCAUUUCUCCAUGGAGAAACUAGAAAAACUGCUUUUGGGAUCAUUUCUACAGUGAAGAAACCUCGGCCAUCAGAAGUAGAUGAUGACUGUCUACCAGCUUGCAAGAAAGCUAAAUGUGAGGGCUGAGAUGGCCUCGGUCUCCAUCAGCCACCUCCUCCCUUUACAGCUCAUCAGUCACAGUGGGAGUAAACUUCUGCUGAGUUGAUAUUUUCAUUAAAGCCAGAAACCAGCAGUCUGUAAAAACAACUUUAUCUUCAGACCAUUAAAACAGCAAAUAAAACCCAGUGAGGUGUUAUCUGAA